GGAGGUUUUCUGGUUAGCUUGAUGAGAGUGUUGUUCUUGGAAGGUACUGGUGUAGUAUGUGUUUUGGUGUUUGGAAAAAAUGAAUAAACAAUGAGAGAAUUGAGUUUAGUUAGCUGAUCAAGUUUGAACAAACAAACAAACAAAGCUCAUAAAACACAGGUAACUAACUCCACCACACUGGUCAAACCCAAAGCCUCUCUUCUCACCACACCCUUCACUCUCAGAUCUUCCCUUCAUAUUCUAAACUCACAAAACAUCCUUCACACAACAGCAACUGCAAUGUCCCUUCCCUUUUAUUUCUCCCUAUGUUUUAUUUUUUCUCUUUCAUUUAUUCUUCCGCCUCCUUCUCUGGCUGCCAACGACACCGUUCCCUGUCCCUUGAACAUCACGGUGCUCCGCGUGGUGGGUGGCGGCGCCCGUCCCUCCUUCGACUCCGGCACUCAGUGCCAUUACAUCUUGCAGGCCCUCCACCUCCUCCAGGCGGACUACCUCCGCCGCAGCAACCUCUUCGUGCCGCCGCUCAACGCCUCCGAGUCCUGCUGGACCUCCUUCCAGUCCUUCAUCAACGAAUUCGACCCGAGCAUCGAUAUCCGCUCCUCCUGCGGCCUCAAAACCGAGUGGAUCUCCCAGGGCUGCAUGAACAUCACCACAAAACAGCAGUUCGAAGCCACCGUCCCCACCGCCGCAAUCCAGGCCGUCCAAGGCAACUGCAACCAGUCCCUCGAUAACAACGCCCCCUGCGCCCUCUGCACCACCAAAAUCUCAACCCUUCUCUCCUACUUGACCGGCCCAACCGUCGGGAACGUCUCCGAUUGCCGAGCCUAUACUUCCAUCUACGCCGCCUCUCUCUCUGACCAGUAUGGUGCCACUGACCCCGGAACCGCCAAGUGCCUCUUCGGCCUCGAUUUUUCCUCCCCCGGUUCCAGCGGUAAGCGCCGAACCAUCGUUAUCGUCGUUUCCGUUUUCUGUUUUGUGGCUUUGCUUGUUCUUGCUGCGGUUUGGACUUACAUUAGAUUCAAGAAGAGGAACGAGUUUGGGGGAGGGAAGGGUGUUGGAAAAUCUGAACUUGGUUUGGGUUUGGGUUCUGGGUUGGAUUCCAUGAACCAGAGUACGACUUUGAUUAGGUUCUCUUUUGAUGAGAUUAAGAAGGCUACUAGGAACUUCUCCAGGGAUAACAUGAUCGGGAGUGGGGGUUAUGGGAACGUUUACAAAGGAAUGUUGCUGGAUGGUAGUCCAGUUGCUUUUAAAAGGUUCAAGAAUUGUUCUGUUGCCGGGGAUGCUAGCUUCACUCACGAAGUUGAGGUUAUUGCGAGUGUUCGCCAUGUGAACCUUGUUACCUUAAGAGGUUAUUGUACUGCCACCACCAAUUUAGAGGGGCACCAGAGGAUUAUUGUCACUGAUUUGAUGGAAAAUGGGAGUCUUUACGAUCAUUUAUUUGGUUCUUCCAAGAAGAAUCUCAGUUGGUCUAUUCGUCAAAAGAUUGCUCUGGGGACCGCUAGAGGAUUGGCUUAUUUGCAUUACGGGGCUCAACCUUCCAUCAUUCAUAGAGAUAUUAAAGCUAGUAACAUACUUCUGGACCAUAAGUUUGAGGCCAAGGUGGCGGAUUUCGGGUUGGCGAAGUUCAACCCAGAGGGAAUGACGCAUAUGAGCACUAGAGUGGCUGGGACUAUGGGUUAUGUUGCUCCUGAGUAUGCCUUGUAUGGACAGUUGACAGAGAGAAGUGAUGUGUUCAGUUAUGGUGUGGUGCUUCUUGAGCUUUUGAGUGGGAAAAAGGCUCUUCAAACGAACGAUGAUGGGCAACCCUCCGCACUCACUGACUUUGCUUGGUCUUUGGUUAGAAACGGUAGUGCUCUGGAUGUUGUUGAAGAUGGCAUUCCAGAGCCAGGUCCACCAGAAGUUCUUGAGAAGUAUGUGUUGAUUGCUGUGUUGUGUUCUCAUCCACAGCUAUAUGCUAGACCAACAAUGGACCAGGUUGUUAAAAUGCUGGAGACAGAUGAAUCGGUUCCUUCGUUAAUGGAUAGGCCAAUUCCUUUUAUUGCUGGGAGGAUUGACAUUGAAAAAUCUGCUCUCAGUAACUCGGGUCAGCUCUGCAGUCCAACCGGUUAUCAAGCUUAUACAUUACAAAAUCAACGCAAAUCUAUUUGUAAAGAAGAUGAGGAAGAAGAAGAAGGAAGUUCAGUGGCUGAUACUGUUACCACAGAAUGAAACUGGAAAUUGGAUUGUUUUCCUCUAGCUAGUGUAACCGUGUAGACACGAUUUUUUUAUACAUUAAGAUUUUAGAUUGUAUCUUCUUUUUAAACGUUUUUUGUUGUAAAGGGAAAAAAGGUGUACAAAAUUUGAUUCUUUUUUAUUGUAUGAAGGAAUAUAGACAAUGCCCUUCCUCUUA